ACGCAUCAAAGUUAAAUACUGCGUAUACAGCGAUGGCGGUCGGGUAAAUAUAAUUUCCAUGCCCAAUUCAACCCCGAGCGGAUGACUUCCAGCCCUGAGACCUUCAAUUUUGGUCAUCCAGCAAGGCUUCCCGAGGCUCUCCGUCUCUAUCAUCUCCAACGGGCUCCCGUGCCGAUCUAGUCAGGCGCCGCCCCGGUGCUCUCCGGACUUUUGCACGCGUCCGAGAACGAUGCUGCACUCCCUCAUUCGCUGGGAACCAACAUAUCGACCGUGACCUCGCGGUCCAUCCUUCCCGAAGAUGUAAUCCGGUGGGAUUAUCCGCCAGUUGCCUCGAUCUAGGAAUUCUCAGUGCUGAACCUGUGACACGGCUGUGGGAAUGUUUUGGGACCUGCAGACCUGCAGACCUACACGUCAGUGCGAGGGCCGGGUCUACGCCACCUCUCCCAGCUCGAAGACGUCUUGGUGUUCCGCCUGUGCUCAAACAGCUCUCCCAUGGAAUACUUGCAUUCUCUGUUUUGCACUGGAUUGACUGUAGUGGAUCGUCUUGGACUUCGGAUCCGGGCCGCGACUGAGGGGAGGCGACCGUAGAGAUACUUAGUUUCAAGGCAAUCUCAUUGGGUGUGGACAGGGGGAUGAGGCUGCCGAUCGCAAGGCACUCUAGAGCUCACCUAGAGCUCCCUUUAGGUUUUCGAGGAGACACAUGAGAUGGAUGUCCCUCAGAAUCUAUAUUUCUUCUAGCGGCAAAUGAUCGCCGACGGAUAUCGUGCGGUCUAGACUUCGCACACAAUUGAGAGCUUCUCCCAGCAACCCCUCCGCUUGCCAGUGCCAAUAGAGAUCGGCCAUGGCAGUAGAAUCGGUUGGUGCAUAUCUGAGACCCGGGUCCUUGGGAAUCGGUUGCGGUAGCAUGUGUCUUUGUCCUUGUUGUGUGUCCAACGCGCAAUCCUCAUUGUUUCACAUUCCUGACUCGCUGGGCACUGCUGGGCUCGUUUGGGCCUCGGUAGAUGGCUCUUUUCCUGCGUUCUACCUUGUUAUAAACCUUUCUUCCAUCGCUCUCGCCUAACCCGCCCCGGAUCAUGGAAGCCAAGCGGCCAAGUGCGACAGCCGGGGACGAAGAUCCUGUCCGACCGCCCCAUCCAAUUCUCACCCAGCACAUCGCAGAUGACAUCCUAGAGGUCCUUCGAGACGACACGUCCCUCCGGGACACAAUAAAGAAACUAGAAACCGAACUGUCGGUUUAUAAACGCGCUUUUGCCGAUGUAGAAGGCGAGCUCAAGAACUCUCGGCUCGCGUACCUCGAGGCACAGUCCGUGAAUCGGAAGCUGAAAAAUGAGUUCGAGGCGUCAAAGAAAACGGAGAAGGGCAAUCGUGUUGUCAUCCUGUUAGACGGCGACGGAGCCAUAUUCUCCGGCCAACACAUCUCCAAAGGCCGUGAGGGCGGUCACAAGGCUGCACAAAUCCUCUCCGACGCGACACUGCAAUGCCUCGCACAGAACUUCGGCUCUCGAUCGUUCCAGCUCUGGGCUUUCGUCUUCUUCAAUAAACGCGGCUUGGUGGACACUUUCCGGCGAACUGGCAAAGGGACCUGGGCGGCCAAUCUGGACGAGUUUGUUCUUGGGUUCAACCAGUCGACAGAGAGGUUCGUCAUGGUCGACGUGGGCGGGAUGAAAGAGGCUGCAGAUGCGAAAUUAAAGGCGUAUCUGGAGCACGAAAUCAGACUGCCCGAAACGUUUAAAGUCGUAUUUGGUGCAUGCCACGACAAUGGUUAUGUUGCGAACCUGCAUUCGCAAAUCACGGCUGGCUUCAAAGAAAAACUCAUCUUACUCAAGAGCUAUACGGAAAUGGCAGCGGGGAUAGCGGCACUAAGCCUGCCUACGCUUACCAUUGAAGAUCUGUUCAUGUUAAAUAAGAUCGGCGACGCGGUGCUGCCCCCGUCGCCGAAAUCGACGACGUCCUCCGCCUCCUUGAAAUCGCCUCCUUUGAGUGGCAAAGUUAGCCUCGGUCUUGCGGUCUCUCGACCGUUGAACCCAGAGCUACCGUUAACGAAACGUGGGACAUCCGCUGACACUUCGCCCUUGCCGCUGACACAAUCUGACCUAACAGAAAACCCUGCCCCGUGUACAAGUCAUUACUUGAAGAACAGCUGCCCAUUCCCUCUGGACUGCCGCUUCGCGCAUGAUUACGUCCUCAGCACGGCUCAAGUCCUGGAGUUGGCCAAAUCCGCGAAAAGGGCCCCGUGUCCUACCGCUCUCAAGGGCAAGAAGUGCGAGAACGAUGAAGAUUGUAUUUAUGGGCACGUUUGCCCUGCUGGGGCCAACUGCUUCUUCCAGAAGAAAGCCAAGUGCAGAUUCAAACAUGCUAGUAUGCAUCCUGCGUAGUAAGCAGCGUCGGUAACAGACUUGGAUCGCAAGUGGACCACAGGAACAUCAUACAGAGUAGUGAAACUGUUGCUGAGAGUUCUCGCGUUCGGAUGGUUUACAAGAGCGGGGAUAUAUGGAUACAGAAGGUCAUUAGCAUCACUAGUGUGUAUGU